UAAUAUAUUUUUUUUCAGAUAAAAAUGUGAAGAAAACACUCAGAAAGAAAAAAAUGGUUCCUGCAGAGGCUGAUCUGGUAACAUGUAGUUCUGAUCUACCCUGUACAGAUCUAUAUACGUACUGUGAUACAUUUCUAUCCCGUUGUCAAUCCUGCUCCCAGCUUUGUAAAGAUAACUUUAGCGAGUGUCAUCAAAAAUGUGAAGGAUUUCUCCAAAGUAUGCUUUUUAGAGAACAGAUAGCAAAAGAUGAUUUAUACACCCUUACAGUUCUUGUUGCAAUAUCUAUUGGUUUAACCAGCAUUGUUCUUCUGUUCCUAUGCUUACUCGUAUACUUCAAGCUAAGUAAGAAGAGAAAAAUCCUGAAAAACAUCUUCCCUGCAAUUUACACUGUAAACCAGGGAAAAUGUGACGUUGGAAUAAAAAUGGUGAAAGAAAAAAACAAAUCUAAGAUAUCUCCUGAAAAUGGUGGACACAUGACAACAGAUAUGUCCCCGGCAGUGCUCAGAACUGGACUGAGCCUUCAGACUGUGUCUACGCAGUUGUCUGAGGAAAGCCAUCCGUACAAUUCUACGCAGUCAUCAGCUGUAAACUCAGCUGUUGCAUAUGGAAGACGACUAAACUCAUCAAACAACAGACAGACUAAGAGGUUACCGUCUGAGGACUGUGCACCCGGUGGAAAGUGUAAUCUAGGUUUAGAGGAAGGUUCCGACUCCCACAGUCAAGUAGUCUAGGCUUAUGUACAGUGUACACUGUACAUUUAUUUAGGGCAAUUUCCCAGAAUUGCGCCAAAAUAUAGAUCAGCUGAUGUAAUGGCGGAAAUCUUGAAGAAAUGCAUGAAUUAACAACAUGUGACGCCUGUGGUCUUGCCAGGGAUGAGAAAGCGUCCAAUUGAGUCCUUCAGUGUAUUUAAAAACCCUAACUUUGUUCGAGAGCUUUCCGAAAGAAUUUCUUAUUCUGAAUUACAAAAAUUGUUCAUAAAUACUAACAGAAUAUUAGAUUUUGUAACCGUUUUUGUAAUGUUUAAAAAUUCUGUUCAAAAUUAAAAAGUUUUUUUUUAUAUGCUCUUUACAAAUAAGGGAUUUUUUUCUUAUAUUGAAAGAAUAAAAUUGUUUGUUAAACUACAGGUAUACAAAAACAUUCCAUGUAAUUAGUUGUAUAUAAUAUAUUAUACGUACAUAA